UUAUGAGUUCAGCAACAAGUCCACUAUCGCCCCCUCCUAGGGCUACAAGUGCACCCAUUUCUACACUUAAUUUAAAUUCCUUUUCUGAUUCGACUUCGGAAAGUUUGUCGAUUAAUUUUGCGAGAAAUAAAAAGGCACAAAUGGCAGCUAGAGCUUUGUUUGAAUUAGUGCAUAAUUAUGGGGAUAAUUUGAGAGAGGGUUGGAAAAACGUGUUGGAUUGUUUAAUAUAUUUAUUACGUGCCAAUUUACUUCCACCAAAAUUAUUGGAAUUGGAAGAUUUUGUGGAUAUUAGAGGAAUUGUGACAAUUAAAGAAAAGUUUAAACGUCCACAGAUUUUGCCUAAAAAAGAGGAGAGCGGACUGUUUAGUUGGUUGGGGUUAAGUGUUUCUUCAAUUUCUAGUGAAACUGAUUUAAAUAAAAAACAAAUAAAUGAAGAAGAACAACAAUUAUGCAAUGCAGCAAUUUCAUUAAUUUCUGAAUGCCAUCCAGAACAAUUAAUAACCGACAGUCGUUACUUAACCACUUCGGCAUUUACUGAAUUAAUAAAUAAUAUCAUCCAUUGUUCUUUUGCUAUAGCCCCGAUUCAAUCAAAAACACAACAAGUUGAGUUAAAUAAUGAACAAAUUGUUCAAAAUUAUGAAAGUCAGGGAAGUCAAAGCCAAGGUGCUUUUUUAAAUUUUUUUUUGUGA